AUGGAGUGCGCCCUGGACGCACAGAGCCUGAUCAGCCUGUCCCUGAGGAAGAUCCACAGCUCCCGUACCCAGCGAGGCGGCAUCAAGCUGCACAAGAACCUGCUGGUCUCCUACGUGCUGCGCAAUGCCCGGCAGCUCUACCUGAGCGAGCGCUACGCCGAGCUCUACCGGCAGCAGCAGCCGCCGCACCAACCCUUCUACCCCCGGGGCUGCUGCCAGGAAGAGAUCGGUCCGGGGCUGGCACACUGCAGCCAGACCACAGUGCUGGACUUGGACACUCACGUUGUCACCACGGUGGAGAACGGCUACCUUCACCAGGACUGUUGCGCUUCCCAGUGCCCGUGCCAAGGCGCACCGUGCCCUGCGCUCCCCGCCGCCCCAGCGGCGCCUUCUUCGCUGCCAGCCAAGCGCAGGUACCCCCCGGCGGGGUACAGCUACAGCUGCCAGGAGGACGAGGACCUGGAGCCCCACUUCGUGCCCUGCAAAAGGGGCAGAUACGAGGACUUUUGCCCGCAGCUGGCACCCUCCGAGCCGCACACGGACACCUCCAACAUCUCCAACCUGAUCUCCAUCUUUGGAUCGGGCUUUACGGGACUCAUGGGCAGGCAGGGCGCGUUCCAGCAGACCUUUACAGAGCAGAAGCUGCAGAUGGAGGGGUUGGAAAGAGUCAUUUCUGGGGGGGAUCAUCAUGAAGCUGGCAGGGUGGGCUAUAUUGGGAACUUCAGACCCCUCAACUCCACAUCGAGUUUGGAGUGCGCUUAA